AUGAUCGAAACGUCCGCUAGAUGUCGCCAUCUAUGCUCGAUUUACAAUCCAUGCUGGAUUGUUUUUUAUGGCAGAUUUUUUUCAAUGAAAAAUUUUCAAUCGAAUUUGAAUGAAAUUAACCAUGGAAAUUGAGACGACCGACGAAUCCAAAUCAAAUCAGAAUGAACGUGAUUUCUUCUAUGUUCGUGUGCCUAAUGAUGAUAAAUCCGAUGUAUCCGAUAAUGAUGACGAACAAUUGAAUCAAGAGCUUGAUGAUGAAGAAAAAGAAAUUGAUUUCAAUGCUCUACUUGAACAAUUGAAUGGAAAAUAUUCAAAAAUACGUAAUGAUUUAUCCGUAUUGGUGGAUAAGAAAAAUGUUACUAAAGGUGAUUGGAAUUCAGAAAAACGUGUUGUACAAAUCAAUGGUAAAGAUUAUUUGAAACAAUAUACGCCAAAUGCUCGAUGUUUAACACCAUUCGAAGCAUUAUUCCUAUUUGAAUGUCGAUCAUUGGCCAUUUAUUAUCAGAAUAUUCUGCUCAGCAUAGAAGAUGCUUAUGAAUUAUUACUACAGGAUAAUCGUGAUGUUAAGCUUUAUAAAAUUUUCUCUACAUUAUCACGAAUUGGAUUCUUUGUUGUUCAACAAAUUGUUUCGAAACCAGAAAAUUCUGAAAUUGAAAAUAAGAAAGAACCAAAAUCACAAGGUAUCAAAAGAUCAAUGAUCGACGAUGAUCAAGAAAUCGAAUCGAAAAAAAUCAUUACAUCAAAUAAUGGAAAUUCGUCCACUAGUAACGAUAAUUUUGCAAUUAUCACAAGUAUUCAACCAUUGCAGAUGGAAAAUAUUUCCAAAUUGAAUAAAAUGGACAAAGAAUUGAUACAACAUUUUAAAUCAAAAGAUGAUCUUGAUGAUGAAUCGUCAUCCUCGUCAUCGACCAGUUCAUAUUUAUAUUGUGUUAAAAAAGCAGCAAGACCAGCACAAUUAUCACAAUUAAUUCGACCAUUGUAUAGUGAGAAACAUAAACCAUUAAUACCGUUGGGUUCUAUUUUUGACACUGACAGUCUAUUUCGAUCGAUUCAACAAUAUGCACCAAUCUGUUUUGAUAAUCAUGAUUCGAAAUCCAUGUUGAAUAUUGAUUUCAAUAUUUACCAAUCGCAAGCAAAUAAAAAACAAAACCAUAAACCACUAUUUUCCGUUAUUGUUGUCGAUGAAGAUCAACCACCGCCAUCGAUUGAAGAGAUAGGCAAUUUUCGUGCACUCAAUAUAAGAAAUGGUCCUAUACUUUUUGCCUUACUUGCACAAUUUACAUUUAAUUUUUAUAGUUUUGAAACAUUCAUAGCACAAAAUAAAUAUCCACGUUUAUGGGAACAAUUCUAUCAUCAUCAUUAUCAUCAUCAUCAUCAUCAUCAGAGAGGACGUCGGUAAAUUGUCAAUUCUUUUUGUUGUUUCAGAAUAUUUUAAAACAUAUAUGCACAUUAUACUUUUUUUUACUAUCGAUUAUUUCAUUUAUUUUCAAAUUAAAAAUGUGAAUCAUUAUUAA